GACACUGAAGAACCCAUGGCUCCCUAUCAGAUCCGGAUAUACCAGGACCAAGACAGGGAGGCUGUGAUAGACAUAUUCACUAAGGGAAUACUGUAUCACGUUCCUUCUGCCUUUUUCCAUCAGCUGAAGCAGCCCAGAAGCUUCCUGCUCCUGCUGGGGGGCCCGGGGGCCCUGUUUCUUGGGUCUGGCUCUGUCCUCCUGGCCCUCCUGGCCCUCCCAGUCCUCCUGACCUUCCUGUGGCUGUUUGCUAGAUUUCCCUUCAAGAAUUACGUAGACCAUGCUUUGGACACUGAUAUGCGGGACAUCAGGAAAUCCUAUCUCAGUGAUGGACGCUCUUGUUUCUGGGUGGCGGAGUCAGAGGGGCAGGUGGUGGGCAUAGUGUGUGCCUGCCCAGUACAAAAGGGGCCUGGAGGACAGAAACACCUGGAGUUGCUCCAUUUGUCGGUGAAGUCAGAGCACCGGGGCCAGGGGAUCGCCAAAUCCCUGAUCCAGGCUGUGCUCCGAUUUGCCCAGGACCAGAGAUACGAUGCUGUGCUCCUAAGUGUCCUUAUCUUUAAUUACCCAGCUCAAAGAGCAUAUGAGCAUAUGGGCUUCUGGAAAUCACACGAAGCCUUUGAGUCCCUAAAGUGGAGGAUAAUGGCUAUUCCUUUUCUCUACUAUGAAUACUCAGUCCCUUCAUCUCCCUGAAAGCUCCCUGACCCAUCUUUGCCUUUAGCCCUUAAUAUAUUGGCCCACAAUAAUGUUCUGUGCACUAUGGGUGCCCAGAGUAUGUUUACUUCACCACCACCAUUGACUUUCUCCCCUUGUGACAAAAAAUCUUCUCUCAAAGGGAUUUAAGAUGGGUAAAGUCACAAGAUCUCAGCAUUGGACCUCAACGGCAUCCCAACUGAUCCAUUGAUAAUUGGGAAUCCAAACCCACCACAUACCUGACAAGUGGCUAUCGAUGCCUUCAAAGAGGGGAAGUGCUAAGAAGGCAAUCCCUCCACUUUGGAUGGCUCUAAUCAUUAGGAAGAUUUCAUUUAAUGCUGUUUAAUCUCCUUCUCUGUGGCUUUUUUCCUUCCCUUGCCCCUCCAUUCCUCAUUCUUGCUUUUGGGACCAAGUGGAUUCCACUUCUACCUGAAAGUAGCUACCUUCACAUGCUCAAAAUGGACUAUCCAGCCAACCUCUCCAGUCCAGUUCAAUGAACAGUUUAUUAAGUGCCUACUAUCGAGCACUGGGGAUAAAGUAAGAAAAAGAAGGACAAUCCCUACCCUCUAGUAGCAUACAACUUAAAAAGGAUGAGGAAAAAGGAAUAGGAUCUAUAUGUUCUAAAAUGUUUAAAGCAACUCUCUUUGUAGUGGAGGAGAACUGGAAGUUGCAGGGUUGUCCAUCAAUUGGAGAAGGGCAGAACGAGUUAUGGUAUAUGUUUGUGAUGUGCUUACUUUGUGAUUGUAUGUGUGAUUAUGAUUUGUGAUGUGAUUAUUGUGAUAUAAGAAACGAUGAGCUCAAUGAUUCGUAUGAAAUAAUGAAAAGUAAAAUAAGCAGAACCAAGAGAACAUUGUAUACAAUAACAGCAAUAUUGUUUUGAGAACAACUUUGAGCCAUUGAGUUAUUUUGCCUAUUAUUUUGCCAAAUGAACUAUAAAAGAUGAAGAUGCUAUCUGCAUCCAGAUAAAGAACUGAUAACUAAAUAUGCAUAUAGAAUACUUUUACAUAUGUAUACUCAUUUAUCUCUAAUGGUAGCCAUCUGUGGGGGAAGGAAUAAAAAAAGGAAUUUUACAUGAUAAUUUUAUUGUAUAUUUAAAAAGA